GGGCAGGGGGCGGGGGGCGGCCGCCGGGGCAGGCUCAGCCCGAGCGGCGGGGCAUGCCGCGCCGGGGCGGCGGCGGCUGGGCGGCGUGGAGCUCGGGCGCGGCGCAGGCCCUGGGUCGCUCCGCCGCUCUCUCACAGCUCCUGGCGUCGCCGCUCUCCAGCGCCAGCGUCAGCGGCCAGCCUGCCUCAGCUCCGCCGCCGCCACCGUCGCUGCUGCUGCUGCCGCCGCGGCCGCUCCACUUCUACAGACUUGAUUCUUCGACAGUCUCGCACGGCGCCUGCGCGGGCUCCCUCCCCUCGUGCGCGUGCCCGCCCUCCCGCGCGCGCGCUCCCCCUCCCCCUGCGCGCCGAAGGAGCGCUGCCGGGAGAGCCGGCUCUGUGCCCGCCCGCCCGCUCGCUGGGCAGCGCGGCAGCGCAGCAGCGCAGCGCUGGUGUCCCCUCGGAACACGGCGCAAAGUGGUCGUGUGCUUUUCCUCCACUUUCCCUCACUUCACGCCCCACCCGGCUCUCUCGAUCACCCUCAGGAUGUUUUCCCCUAGUGUGCCUCUGGACCAAAUCGUGCUAAAAGCCAUUUCUUUUUCUUUUAUGCAAGGCCACUUUGUCACUUGGUUUCCGUCAGUCUCCUGAGAAUGGGGAUUUUAGGUCUAGCGUGGUUCACAGUUCUGGUUUUUUAGGAGUUAUACUUGAAAGCUCAAUGUCGGACACAAGAGCAUGAAAUCCGUCACUGGUGCUUUGCAUUUGCAUUUGUCUUGGGAAGGACAUACCCGCCGCCUGCCCCUUUUACUAACUAGGGAGAGUCUGGAUGUUCCCAAGCCCAGCACCACGUGCACACGCCGCCAGCUGGCUCGCGCGGUUUCCACGGAGCCCUCUGGAGGGGAGGGAGCGCGGUUCGGAUUAGCAGCUCGCGAACACCAAGUGCUGCUCUUAGCCCCGUCCAGCCCGCCCUGUUCAGCUAGGGCCUCGCCGCGCCAGUCGCCCCGGCCGCCUUAUGUAGGUCUGCGCGGCGGGCGCGUGACGUGGACUCGGGACCGUGGGCGGCCGCCGCCGCGUGUGCGCACGCUCCGCGCAGACGUGCCUCGGCGCCGCUGGCACUAGGGCCUCGUGGAACGAAUGCACAUUCCAGGGAUCCGGGGUGUACGGCCAGCGCGACCGCGUCACAGCGCAGGCCCCACCCCCUUCGGCGAGUCUGGGCGUCCAGGCGCCGCCCCGGGCCCGAACUUGGACUCGAGGUGGCGGGAGGCGCGGGCGCGAGUCGUGGGGGGAAGUCCUGCUCGCCUCCGCGGGGUCCCCGCUGGCCGUGGGGGCGACCGGCUGGCUGGCUGGCUCGCCGUCGUGCAGGGCGGGCCGCCGAUGGGGACAGACUUGUGCCCUAUAUGCCACCCAGGCCGGGGUAAGCCCAGCCCAGCCCAGCCCAGCCGCCCGGCCUGCAGCUCUGCCGCCGUUGGUAGUCUCAGACUCAGCCCAGACUGAAUUGAAUGUUUGAGUUUCGCACUUUUAUCGGGAGGAGGAGCUGGUGUGUGUUAUGGUAAAUCACUUUGGGCUGGUCGUUAGUCUCCCUAAUACACGUAGGCUUAGUCGUUCUUCAAUUGGGACUUUUACACUUCAGCUCUUUAAGGGCGGCCUCUGGGGCUGCUUUUGUUGGGAACACAGGCCCACAACUCUCCCUUGAGACUGGAAUGAGCUGGUUAAGUGUGGGAAGAACAGGGUACUAAUUAUAUUAUCUUUCCUACAACUGGAUUGGUAGGUGGAGAGAAAAAAAAAUCCUGCUGACGUUUCUCUCUAGUCGUUGCUAUUGAAAAUACCAGGUUGCUUCAAAGGAUUAACCACAAGGAAGAGGAAAAACACCCUUAGAGAAACAGUGGAGGGAGCUGCUUAAAACACAUGAAAAAACCUGUUCGAAAAUGGCACAGAAAACGUAAUGUCAGACCUAAAUGUUUUUACAGGCUAACCUUGAAUGCCUUUUGGGGAUUUCCAUAGAAGGUGCGCUUGCUUUAAAGGUGUCUCCAUCUGUUCCUGGAUCUUGCCCUGCAAUUGCAAUCCUGCCUCACCCUCUCCAAGCUGGGAGAACGGGGCCUGCCCAGAUCCUUCCCAGGAGUAGCUGGUACCAGCGGGUUUGGUCACUCCCAGGCCCUGCUGUUGCACACCGCUUUCAAGACCUGUCCCUUUGGUCUCUCUCCUCAGAGACCCUGUGACACUCAUUCCAGCACAUGGCUUCACCCACUGUGUCUCUGCCCAAAGGGGAUGAAGUCCAGUCCUUGUGCUGCAGAGAAAUGAACCAACUCAACGCCCCCAAGAGACAGCCCCACUAAGCACUGACUGAAACAUAUUAAAAGAAAACACAACUCACCAUUAGAGCUGUGGCCUAAUUAUACUCAUUUCUCUGCAAGCUGGUACUGUAAUGGCCUCGAGGGAGAGCCUGCCACUCCAUCCCAAAAUAGAAUUAGAGAUACAAAUUCUGCCUUGAGAGAUACUAAGAUCUUUGUAGAACAGAGCUUUUCUUCUCCAAAGGAAGAACAUUUCCUUCUUACUUUACACUGCCAGUUUCAUGUCGAAACUGAGUUGUAACUUCCCUAAUGAAAUGCCCGAUGGAAAAUGGAAAGGCUAUUUUAGUUCUGGGCUCGAUCCGGAAUCAAGGGGGUUAAGGCUGGAUUCAGGGCAGCAAUUCUUUAUAUUGUAUCAGAAGUCUUUCAUGCUGCCUGGCCUUUCAUGUAGCUCUGAAGCAGCUUUAUCGAUGUAUGCUAAGUAAACAUAGCUUUGUUUUUGUCUUCCACCCACCGUUCCCUCCCGGCACAGACUGGAGUUGGAUCCCGUCCAAAGCGGCUGCUGCAGCAGUUACAGCCGCCUCCUCCACACGCAGGAGCAGGGUUUCUAGGGUGAGGCAAUGCGUCUGCAAUUCGCAGAGACAAGGCAGGAAUUGUAAUUGUAGUUCAUCAUGUGAUGACUUAUGAAAGAGGAAGUUGUGUGUUUACUACAAAGCUUGUCACAGGCGGCUAAAAUGCAAAUACAAAUGAACUUUGAUGGACUUCCUGGCCAGACUCCCAGCCCUUCAAGCAAAUUCCUGAGUGAGGAAGCUGGUUCUGAAACAUGCCUGGGAACUGGACACGUGAACUUCCUGAGGGCUCUUCUCUUUAGCAUUUAACAGGUAGCUGGAUUUUAAACAUUUGUCAGGCUGCUUUUAUUCUGUCUACCUACCUCUCAAUUAUCUACCUAUCUACCUAUCCAUCUAUUUAUCUUUGCAUUAUCAGACCAAUUCAUUAUUCUUAAUAAUGGCUAAGAACAUCAGUGUCUGUUCACUUUGUGAACCGAGACACCCAGGCAAUAAGGAAUCUGUCUUAAAACAAAGAAAAUGUGCAGUUAAACGGCAGUUAGAAUUCAGUUUUCCCAAACUGCAGUUCUUUCUUUAGCCCACUGGUGGGCUGCCUCCUAUUUAUAUUUCCUUCAUAGGUUCUUUUUUGCAUACAUGUAAAUAUCUAUGCAGGAGAUCACCGGGGGACCAUAGGUUCUCUUCGUACACCUGGCAUGUGAUCUGAGGCAGGUCAGUUGGACACCCUAGGCCGGUUUUUCUUGAGUGGAGGAGAUGGUGCUGGCCUUGAUGUCAUUUCUGUUCUGACCUCUCAUGUGGUGGGUGGGGGUGAUGGGAAUACACAGGAAUUCGACAAACCCAAGCCCAACAUUCUUCUGACCCACAUGGGAUUACAAAACAAUGCGGAAAAACUACCAGUAAAUGCCUGCCCAUUAUUUGGGGGCACUGUGCCAUCCAAAUAAAGUCAGGAGGUUAAAUGGCUACCAGAGCAUCACAUCAUCUGAGAACAUCAUGUCUGUUUGGUUUGGGCUCAAUCCCAGGUUAGGAGAAUCUAAACCACGGUCUAUACUUAGUUUAAAUUAGCCAGGGCAAAACAUCUGUAUCAGCAUUAAUAUAAGCCCAACUUCAAUGUCUCAGGGCUUAUGGAAAAUGUUUGCAUUUUUCUUUCCUCAAGAGACUGCCUUAUUUCAUAUAUGUAUGCGUGUGUAUGUGUGUUUAUAUAUAAUUUUAUGUGUGUGUGUAUGUAUAUAUACAUGCAUAUGUGUAAAUAUAUGGAUAUAUACACGUAUAUAUAUGUGUGUAUAUACAUAUAUACAUAUAUGCAUACAUAUAUAUAUGGGCAAAGACUUAAUAUACUAUCCACAGGCUAUUCAGAUUAUUCAAGAGGCCCUCAGUUGAAGAAGCAAACAGACAGACAAAACGGUUUCAUACACAGGCAGGCAUUUAGCUGAGUAGGUCAGCAGGAUACGGAAACUUACUUUGAGGUGUUUUUGUAUUCUCACCUAGGAUUCUACUACUUAAUGGCUGUGUGGCUUCUUUGCAGGCUAUAUACAAAAUUCAUAAAGGGUAUUAUGAGAGUAAAUUCAAAGAAUUCUGAUGUUUUGAAAUUUGUUGUGACUUGGUUAACUAUGGUGAAAUGUUACAUUCAUGUUACAUUAUGGCAUUUGUUUAUACGGGUCUGAUUAUGGGAAAACUUAAUGAAGUUUUAAAAAAUUCUAUGUUUUUCAAAAA